ACACUCAAACAUUAUUCCACAUUGGGUCCCCACACAGAUCCCAAAGCGAAUAGAAGAUACCUCCCCUUAAUUAAUCAAUUGCAGAUCCAAAUUCCAAAGUCAACUUGUGCGCUUUAUCUUCUUCAAUCCACAUCGUUUCUGCAUCAACCUCUCCAGUUUUGCAGCAAUGGCUUCUGACUUCUUGAACAACUUUAAGAUUCCUGAUUACAUUUUUGUACCUGAGUCCAAGGUUGACAACGAUGGUGGACAUGUACCUCAAUGUCCGGUGCUGGUUUUUGUCAACUCCAAGAGUGGUGGUCAGCUCGGAGGGGACCUUUUACAAACAUGCCGUACGGUUCUUAAUCAAAAACAGGUUUUUGAUUUGGGGGAACAUGCUCCUGAUAAGGUGCUGAGGACAAUCUAUGCUAAUUUGGAAAGACUUAAGAUCCGAGGCGAUGAGUUUGCUGUAAAGAUCAUGGAGAGGUUGAAGUUAAUUGUUGCAGGAGGAGAUGGAACAGCAGGUUGGCUGCUUGGAGUUGUUUGUGAUCUCAAAUUAUCUCAUCCGCCACCGAUAGCUACUGUUCCAUUGGGCACGGGGAAUAACCUACCUUUCGCGUUUGGUUGGGGUAAGAGGAACCCAGGGACAGAUCGAAGCUCGGUUGAAGCAUUCUUAGGUCAAGUCUUGAAAGCUAAGGAAAUGAAGAUAGACAACUGGCAUAUUCUCAUGAGGAUGAGAGCUCCAAAAGAAGGUACCUGUGAUCCGAUUCCACCACUUGAGCUCCCACAUUCUUUGCAUGCCUUCCAUCGUGUAUCUGAAGCCGAUGAGCUUAACAUGGAAGGCUGCCACACUUUUCGUGGGGGAUUUUGGAAUUACUUUAGCAUGGGAAUGGAUGCUCAAGUGUCUUACGCAUUUCAUUCUGAACGAAAGAUGAAUCCUGAAAAAUUCAAAAACCAGUUGACUAAUCAGAGUACUUAUCUUAAGCUUGGAUGCACUCAAGGAUGGUUUUUUGCUUCUCUAUCCCAACCUGCUUCCAGGAACACAGGACAACUUACAAAAGUAAAAUUCAUGAAAAGACAUGGUCAAUGGGAAGACUUGGACAUUCCUCCCAGCAUCCGGUCAAUUGUAUGUCUUAACUUGCCCAGCUUUUCUGGUGGAUUAAAUCCAUGGGGCACACCGAACAGGAAAAAGCAGCGUGACAGAGAUUUGACACCACCAUAUGUGGAUGAUGGGCUUCUAGAGAUUGUUGGUUUUAGAAAUGCGUGGCACGGGCUUGUUAUGCUUGCUCCAAAUGGUCAUGGAACUCGUCUUGCUCAGGCACACAGAAUCCGGUUUGAGUUUCGCAAAGGUGCGGCAGAUCAUACAUUCAUGAGGAUCGAUGGAGAACCAUGGAAGCAACCUCUUCCAGUUGAUGAUGAUACUGUUGUGGUAGAGAUUUCUCACCAUGGCCAGGUUAACAUGCUUGCCACUCAUAUUUGCAAGUCUAAAAGUGUGUAUGACCCGUCAUCUCCACAUCAUGAUGAUGAGGAAGAUGACAGUGAAGAUGAAGAAGAUUCUUUAGCUGAGGAAUUUCGGAAGUUUGGUGCAGCAGAUACAUUUAAAAUCCCAGAUGAGGUUGAUCUUUCUCAACUUAGUUAGGUCCUUCACUAUUAAGCCAUUCUUCAGUGUUAUGUGGUUGACAAUUACUAAACUAGUUAACCCCUUCCCAAAAUUUGUUAUUACUUCAAUUGAUGUAACAACCAGUUAGCUCAAUUCUAGCACUAGCAGCAUUGUGGCUGAAAAUAUGAUAACUCCUUUGAGAUACAAUAACUGAUUCAUCCUCAACAUAUUUUGCCGUUGAAAUACAUAGAUUUCAAGUAA